CCCGCUGCCCGGAAGCUGGCAGGGUCCCGGGUCCAGCGUUCUGCCGGCCAUGGAUGAAGCGGACCGGCAGCUCCUGCGGCGCUGCCGGGUGCGCUUGGUGAGCGAGCUGCAGGUGGCCCMGCUCUGGGACGCUCUGCUGAGUCGCGAGCUCUUCACGCCCGACAUGAUCGAGGACAUCCAGCUGGCAGGCUCUGGGUCUCGCCGGGAUCAGGCCCGGCAGCUGGUCAUCGAUCUUGAGACUCGAGGGAGGCAGGCCCUUCCUUUGUUCAUCUYCUGCUUAGAGGACACGGGCCAGGACACACUGGCUUCAUUGCUGCGGACAAGUCGGCAAGCGGUAAAGCGGGAUCCUGAGGCCGUCAGAUCCCUGGACCUUGUGCCAGAGGAGCUGCGUGUGAUGAUGCUGGAUCCAGUGAAGCCAGCCUCAGGAAAACUCACCCCGGUGGUGCUGGGGCCCAGGGAGCUCCCGCCAGCUAAGCUCAGGCCAGAAGUUCUCAGGCCAGUGGACGUUGGUUCUGGAGAAUUCAGGGAUGCCCAUGCUCAGGAGCUGUCCAGGGGAAACGCAGAUUUGGCAUAUGUCCUGCGCGCGGACCCCUGYGGCCACUGCCUCAUCAUCAACAAUGUGAGCUUCUCCCGUGCUUCGGGGCUCAGCACGCGCCUGGGCUCCAACGUGGACUGUGAGAAGAUGCAGYGCCGCUUCCGCUCGCUGCAUUUCACCGUGGAGGUGACGUGCAACCUGACUGCCAAGAAGAUGGUCCAGGCUUUGGUAGAGCUGGCGCAGCGGGACCACCGUGCCCUGGACUGCUGUGCGGUGGUCAUCCUCUCCCACGGCUGUCAGGCCAGCCACCUCCAGUUUCCGGGUGCUGUCUACGGCACAGAUGGAUGUUCUGUGUCCGUUGAGAAGAUUGUGAACAUCUUCAACGGGACCAGCUGCCCCAGCCUGGGGGGGAAGCCCAAGCUCUUUUUCAUCCAGGCCUGUGGUGGGGAGCAGAAAGACCAUGGGUUUAUGGUGGCCCACGCUUCUCCUGGAGACAGGGCCUCUGGCAGCAACCCUGAGCCAGACGCUGUCCCCUUCCAGGAAGGCCCGAGGACCUCUGACGAGCUGGAUGCAGUGUCGAGUUUGCCCACACCCAGUGACAUCCUUGUGUCCUAUUCGACCUUCCCAGGUUUUGUCUCCUGGAGGGACACCUCGAGCGGCUCCUGGUACAUCGAGACCCUGGACAGCGUCCUCGAGUGCUGGGCUCACUCUGAAGACCUGCUGUCCCUGCUGCUCAGGGUGGCUAACGCUGUUUCAGAGAGAGGAAUUUACAAACAGAUUCCUGGUUGUUUUAAUUUCCUCCGGAAAAAACUUUUCUUUAAAACUUAAAGGGGCCGGGAUGCUCMCCCUGCCUCAUCGUCAUCCCAAGCCCUUCUGCUGCGGUCCUGGAGGCGGAGAGGCUUGGCCUCCUACAAGUUGAGGGUUCCGUGGCCUGUGCAGGGCCUGCUCCUUCCCAACCCCAGAGGGCAGCUUCUGGUCUGGAGGCAGAUGCCAACUGUGUGGAAAGGAGCAGAAAGUCAUGGAUCCACAGGACCUCUUCAUCAGUGGCCAGUCCUGGAUCUGUGACCCCAUGUUCUCCCUGGAGCAGYGCCAAACGGCCCUUUGCUGUGGGCCUUCCCUGCCCUGUUCCUGGCUCUCUCCCUCCAGAUACAGGAGCAUCCCUCCCCAGUCCUGAGUCAU